GGUCAGGCACAUGCGCGUUGGCGGCAGCAUUCUUGGCUAAGUGGCCAAUGUGUAAAAUGUCCGGGGGACGGUGCAGUCGUUGGUGUUUAAUGUCGGGAGCCAGUCCGGGAGGAAACGGAGCGGGAGUCCGGCGCAGUUGUCGGAGGCAAAAUCGUGUUAUGGAAACAUUAACAAAGUAAGAAUUGUGCAAAAUCAGGAUGGGUCCAGAUGUUCCACUACUAAACGACUACAAACAGGAAUUCUUUUGGAAACGGUUUCCACAGACGAUACUAGGAGGACCACGCUUCAAACUUGGAUACUGUGCUCCGCCUUACAUUUAUGUUAACCAAAUUAUUUUGUUUCUGAUACCAUGGGUUUUUGGUGGUGUAGGGACUGUUCUUUACCAACUAAAUAUAUUAAACGAUUGUUGGGCAUCAGUCCUUGCUGCAGGAUUGAUGUUGCUGGCAGCCUUCAUUGUCCAAGGCAUGAGCCUAUGGGUCAGACAAAAGAAUGUGACAGUUGAAAUAUUUCCAUCUGAAAAUACUUUGGCAGAUGAGGAUGAAUUUGAUUUUUCCAGCUGUGCUGGGCCAGAGACAAUAAAAUUUAUCAUACCUGGAAAAAAGUAUUUAAUCAAUACAGUUUUUCAUUCCAUCCUAGCUGGAGCAUUAUGUGGCCUUGGAACAUUUUAUUUACUACCUAACAGCUUAAUGCUACUAUAUACCAACACAGGGGCAACUUUUGUGCUCUUCGUUUUUGGUUGGGUAACAGUGUGCAUUGGAGAAUAUUCUUUAAUCAUAAAUACUGCGGUGGAGACUGCCACAUUCCAACCACAAGAUACAUAUGAAAUCAAUGCACUCACCAGACCACUUUACAUUUUUCUUUUCAUUGCAAUGGAUCUUGCUUACAGAUUUACAGUAAACCCAACCCUGCUUCAAAUAAAUCAGAUUUUGCACAUUAUUUUUGUAUUUCUGCCUGUCAUCUGGGCAGUUGGUAUUUUGCCUCCUGUGGAUGCACUUUUCUUAUGGGUUCUUGAACAAGUCUUAGAAUUUGGGCUUGGAGGUUCACCCAUGGCAACCAAUUUAAGGCUGUUGGCUAUGUUUAUUGUGUCUGUUGGAGUGGUGAUUGCAACAUUCUUUAUUCCCAGCACACUUGGUGUUGUGCUGUUCACAACAGGAAUGGGAUUUAUACUGAGCCUUGAUCUCAGCCAAGCUGAUACUUUAUUCAGAUUCUGCUGCAGGACAACUCAUGCCUCAUUGGAAUAUCCUAAAUACUUUGGUAAACGAAUUGGAUGGCGUCUUGGCUGGAAGGAAGCCUUGAUCUAUAUUAGUCUUCUAAUAGUGACACUUGUUGAAGCUGGCUUAUUACAUUUCUUUGUAAGAAGAUCAACUGCAUUUAAAAUAAGUCCUCAGACUGUAAUAAGCUAUAUUCUGAUAGCGACUUUGGUAAUAUGGAAGAUUUUCCAAGAAAUUCAAGGUGCAUAUGUCCUCUUUGGAUUCUUUCGAAAUCCUUUAUUCCCUAAAGUUUUAAGAACUGUGAGACUUUUUGAGCAGAAACGAGCAAUAUUGAUGAAGUUUGGCUUUAUUCAAAGGAUUCUCCUUAAUCUCAUCUCUCCAUUUGCCAUGGUAGCCUUUCUUUCUGUUGACACUUCACUGCAGGAUCUCCAUACGGCAUCUCUUUGCAUUGGAUUCACACGGGCAUACCGAAUAGUUUGGCAGAAUACAGAAAAUGCACUAUUGGAAGUGGUUGUGAUAGCAAUUGUACGACUUUCCACAGUGCAUUCAAGUUUGGUGUGGUGGAACAGUAUAGGUACAGGAAUCCAACUUCUGAUGGUUGGUAUUAUAAGAGAUCGUUUCUUUCAAGCAACAUCCAAGCUCAAAUUUGCUUUGACUGUACUUGUCUCAUCCUGGACAGAAAAGAAGCAACGCCGGAAGUCUUCUAGCUUUAUAAUUACAUUAAAUGUUAUUCUGUUCCCUGUUGUACUGACAGUCAUAGGUCUUGCUUCAGCACUUUCAGCGCCUUUACUUCCCCUGUUUACACUUCCAGUGUUUCUUGUGGGAUUUCCAAGACCAAGUAAGAGCUGGCCUGGAUCUGUGGGUGCUGCUGCAUGCGUCUGUCCUGAUUCAGUAUAUUAUCAGCAUAUGAUGCACAACCUGGCCAAUGCAUUUUCUAAAGCAUUUUCUGCUGGCAGUUUGGGGAAUCCUUCACCUGGCUCUCAUUUCCUAUGUCGCUUCCAGGAUAGAUUGAUAUGGGUCUUGGUUUUGGAACGUGGUUUUGGAUACUGCUGUAUUAGCAUUAAGGGAUUAGAGCUACAAGAAACAUCAUGCCACACUGCUGAAGCUCGACGAGUUGAUGAGGUGUUUGAGAUGGCCUUUGAACAAGAGGACCAAGCAGAAACUUGCCUGAUAAAUCAGCAUUUUGGCAACAUCUUGACUCCGUGUGCUGUAUUACCAGUAGAAGUUUACUCUGAUGCACGGAAUGUUUUAACAGGAAUCAUUGACACUCAUGAAAAUUUAAAACAGUUAAAGGAAGAUUUUGCUAAAGUUUUCAUUUGGGUGCUUCUACGUUAUACUAAUAAGUCAAAAUCUUCACAAAAUAUUCAAGACAACCAGCCAUUACAACAAAAUAGAACCUGGUCAGAUGAGUGUAUAGUUACUUCACUACAAACAGAAUCUUCUAUAAGUCCCAAAGAUUCAUUUAGCAUAAAUUCAGAAACAUUUAAUGAAUGGUCAGAUGGUGAUAUAUUUGAACUGGAAUCCAUUGGAAGAAAGACUAGAAUAAGUUUAGUUAAAAACAUGAUAGAUGUCCAACAAAUCUCUACAAAACCUAUAGUAACAUCCAUUCCAGGGAGCCUUGAAUCACAAAGCUUAUCUCCUGAUAUAAAUGAAGAAGAAUUACCAAAGAAAACACCUCCAUAUGGACUUCCUGCUAUUGACAAGGGCGGAAAGAGAUUAAUGGAAAGUGGAAACCAUGAAAUAGCCCCACUGGUUGUUUUCAGUUGUCCUUACUCAAGUAAGCUUAAAGUGCCAGAAAAUUGGAGAUCAGGACCUUUCCCUUCUCUACUUCUUCAAAAAUUGUUGAAAUCCUUCCCAGAUGAGUGGUAUUCAUUUGUUCUUACUCUCAUGGAUGUUGUCCAAUCUGAUGAAAAAUCUUCUAUUACCUUUGAAGUGAAAGGAGAUAAGACUUUGAGAGAGAUGUAUGCCCAGGUGGUGAUGUCUUGUUAUGGCAUAAUGUUAGGAACAGACUCAACAAUCCCAAGCCCUAAUCAAGUCUUCAAAGUGUAUUCUGGUGAUAUACCUUGGUCUUUUGGUUUAGAUUGGCUGACUCAAAAACCAGAACUGUUUACACUUGCACUGAAGGCGUUCAGGUAUGCUUUCAAAUUGAUGUUUGACAAAGCCAGCCUUGGUCCAGUUGAAGACUUUGUUGAGUUGGUAAAUUAUUUGGAAGAAUACGAGAGAAACUGGUUCAUUGGUAUGAUGUCUCAGUCUGAGUGGCAACAGGCUAUACUGCAGGAAAAGCCUUACCUCUUCUCCUUGGGAUAUGACCCCAGUCUGAGUACAUAUACUGGACGUGUACUGUCAUUGCAGGAAAUGUUGUUGCAAGUUGGCAGAUUGAAUGCAGAAGCAAUAAGAGGACAGUGGGCCAACUUAUCAUGGGAACUUCUUUAUGCCACAAAUGAUGAUGAGGAACGAUAUAGUAUACAAGCACAUCCUGUGUUACUGAGAAAUUUAACAGUUCAGUCAGCAGACCCUCCCCUUGGCUAUCCCAUUUAUUCAUCCACAUCAAUCCAUGUGCCUUUGUUCUAGAGAACUGCAAGUUCUAAUUAGCAUCCAACACUUAUUACCAUGGAUGAAAUGAAAGAAAAAUGUUUCCUUAUUUAUAAAUUGAGGCUUGGCCUUUUUGUAGAGAUUACCACUUUGGACUAGUAAAAAUUGUUACUUAGGCAGGGACCAUUAUGUAUCAACUAUGCAAAACUUGAAUUUAACGCCUGGAUUUUUAUACAUAUUCCAAAUGAUUUUUAAUUAGUGGAAUUUUACUGUUCUUUGUAUCCCUGAAACCAAAGUGGGGGUGUUAGUAGUGAAACAUCAACUGGAAAUGCUAUCCUGCAACUCUUGUUGCAAAGUACAUGGUUUCAAUGCAUUGGAAGUUUGAUACCUCCAUGUUUUAAAAGUAAGCCAAAACUUGGAUUUAGAUUAAGAUUGAGAGAAUUGUGAACCUAUAUCCAAGCAUGUCCCACUAGCUUUGAAGAAGAGAAUGUAUGUUAUACACUACUUUGUGUCAUAUUCAACAUAAGUUGAAUCGUAAAAGUAUGGCAGCUUAUUGAAGACAAAUUUGGAAUGAGGUGUAUUUAUAAAACUUCAUUGUAAAAUAACAUUCAACUAUAUAGAUGUAAUUGCAUGGACUACAAGAAUUAGCCAUAAAGAUUUUCUAUUCAAAGAAACAAAUGUUUUGCCAUGAAUUACCAGUGAAGUGCUGAAAAUGUUUAUUCAUUUUUGAUUAAAGCCAAUGAAGAGGCAUUGGUGUUAACAGUAGGUUACCUGAGAUCUUUGAUUUGAAUUUGAAAUGAUGUUAAAAUAUUAUUUUGUCGUACUGGAAUUACAUCAACUCACUUUGAAUAUAGUAUAUGUAUGUAUUUUUCAGAAGUGCUUUAUUAGUAAAAAUAAGAAUUAUAGUUAAUUUGGAGAAAAUAUUUUUUGUUGGUUCUGUGAAUGAUAAAUGUUAGAAAGUCUUAACAGAGUGGUGGGCUGCUGAACAGAGAAUGACAGCACUUGGUUUAAUUCUGGUCACUAAGGGAAGAUCGGAAGAACUGCAUGGUGGCUACUAGCACAAGUCAACAAGACAUUAGUAGCAACCUGCUAGUAGUCUGACUGACCAAUAUCAAAAAAGAAACAAUGUUAAAAAAAAUUGUUCAAAACAUAAAAAAAGUAGAACAAGUUGUUCUUUUGCUGAUCACUUGCAUGAAAAUCCAUUUAACGAUAUAAAUCUAAGAUUGCAGAGUUCUAGAAACCUGACUUUUUGAAAUGUGCACACAAACAUUUUUCAAUCAACCGUGCAAGAAAUUGUUAAAAAGCAAGACAGGUAGAUGCUGGAAAAACUGAAGUUAGCUUGGCACCAUCUGUGGAAAGGUAAAGUUAACAUUUUGAGUCAAAUAAGACUCUGCGUCUGAGCUUCACUUCUUUGAGUUGAAUAUGAUUUCUUUAGAGCUAUAAUGUGAAUUCCUAUUUCUCUCUAUACAGAUGUUUCUAGACCUGCUGAGUUUUUCCAAAAAUGUAUUAUGCAAAAAUUGUAUUGAACAGAAUUAAACUUCAAACUGUGCCUAUUUUUAAAGUGCUGCAUAGUAUGAGCUGGUUAGUGUGUAUAAUGUUCUUUUUUUCAAUAUCCCUUGAUGCACAUCCAUUUAAACAUUUUAAUAAAAUUGUAACUCCUGUUUUCCAGGUGAAUAAAAAAUUUCAGUAUUGGUUAUUGUAUAUUAAAUAAUUCAGUUGUAGGGAAGAUAUGUAGAACUGUAUUUCACAUUUUAACUGACUUUUCCAGUUGUAGAUUUGUAUAAA